AUGGCCAAGGCCAAAGGAGCCGCACAGCAACCCGCACCCGAAGCCGCGCCCCUCGUCUGGCCCUCCCUGCCCUCGCCUCCUCGUCCCCUCCGCCUCGACUCUCCCGCCGACGGCCUCGUCCUGAUCGACAACUUCUUCUCGCCCAAGACCCGCACCGCCUUCGUCUCGACCCUGUCGACCCUGCGCCUCCAAGGUCCGUCGGCACCCAAGAGGGGCGAGGCGACCCGCACCAACGACCGCUUCUCGGUCCACGAUCCCGCGUUCGCUCAAGCCCUGUGGACCAAGACUGGCCUCGCCGACGCCCUCGCAUCGCUCGAAGGCCGCAACGGCAGGCGUGCGCGAGGCCUCAACCCCAACAUCCGCUGCUACCGCUACGCCGAGGGCGCCUUCUUCGGCCCGCACUUUGACGACGACGUUCACGACCCCAACACGGGCUGGACGACCGAGUGGACGCUCCUCGUCUACCUGACCGGCAAGGAGGACGGCGUCGUCGGCGGCGAGACAGCCUUCUACCCGGCACCGUCCAGGCGAGACAACGGCCCUGCGAUCGUGCCCGAGCUCCUGUCGGGACGAGCGCUCCUUCACCGCCACGGGCAGCACUGCGCCCUGCACGAGGGCCGUCGCGUCGACAAGGGCGUCAAGUGGGUCUUGCGCAGCGACGUCUUCUUUGGCUAGCGUCGUCCCUUUGUAGCCUCCCUUGCGCGAUCUUGUUGUUCAGACUAUGCAUUGCGACCUCGAGUUCCG